AUGAAAUUCAAUAAAUAUCAGUGUCCACUUUCGUGCACAGGUUGUGGAAAAGUUAAUGUAUUUAAUGUAUUGGAAAGUGUAAAACCUCCUUAUUUUCAUCAAAUCUCAUUAUGUUUCUUCAAAUGCUUCUGCAAAACAAUUUGCAGUACAGAGAAAAUACUUGAUAUGCGUGGACCUCUUGUAUAUGAGAAACUUGGGAGAAAUCUUCAAGACAUAGACAUCCCGAUUUUAUUAAUUUUUUUGAAGGAAAAUCAAGAUAUCACUCAUCUUAAUUUGGCCAGCAAUAAUAUCUCAGAUACUGGUUUCAUAAAUUUGCUUGAUCAUCUUCUUGUAAGGUUAAAUAUCUUUUAA